AUGUCAUUUCGAUAUCUAAAAUCUGCAAGAAAAAUUGCUUGUAUAGGUCGUAAUUAUGCAGACCACGUUAAGGAAUUAAAUAAUGCAAUUCCCAAAAAUCCUUUUUUCUUCUUAAAGCCUACAUCUAGUAUUAUUACACCAACCAAGGCAAAUGUGGUAAAGAGAGAACAAGGAACUAGUAAUACUACAUCCCAUGGAUUGAAUGCAGAUGGUACCAAUCCGUCACCAAUCUAUAUCCCAAAGAAUGUGGAUGUACAUCAUGAAGUUGAAUUGGCAUUAAUUAUGAAAGCCAGUGUUUCUAAUGUGAAUCCAUUGAGAUUUUCUACCAAAGAUCUUUUGGAAUCUAUCCAAGGGGUAGCACUUGCCUUGGAUUUGACUGGUAGGAAUGUUCAAUCCGAUGCAAAAAGAUCAGGGUUGCCAUGGUCGAUAGCAAAAGGUUAUGACACUUUUUGUCCUAUGAGUGAGAUGGUUUCAUUAGAUAGAUUACCUAAUGUGAAUAGUAAGGAUUUCCAAGAUAGUUUUAGAUUAAAAUGUUUUGUUAAUGGAGAGUUGAGACAAGACGGGACAUCUAAUUUAAUGUUGAAUUCCAUGGCGAAAAUAGUGUCUACUAUUAGUGAAACAAUGUCAUUGGAACCUAAUGAUAUUGUUUUGACGGGUACACCUGCAGGAGUAGGAAAAAUUAAGCCAGGCGAUGUUAUCGAGGGACAGUUGUUUUACAAGAAUGAGAAGAUUGUUGACAUGAAAUUUGAUUGUGAGACCAAACCGGGUCAUUAUGUUUAUAAAUCGUCUGUUUGA